AUUUUCGAAAUAAACUAAUAAAUGAAAUGACAUAGUCGUUGAUGUGUCACUGUGAACACAAAGCCAAGGCCUCUCGUUUGCUUGCGAAUAUUAAAUGGCGAGAGGGCUGUUGCAUUUCGAAUUGCUAAGUAACCCGUACACCCGAAAAAGACUGUGCAUUAGAAAAGAGCGGCAAAAAGGAGAUAAAGAGAACAAUCUGAGUAUCUUAGCUUAGUCGACGAUCAAAGAUAGGCAUUGUCAUGGUAAAAAUGAAAAUUGUAGGAAAUCGUUCAUUCACCAGGGAGCUGCACGUUUUGAAGUCUUUCGUUGGAUGAUACCAUAACUGUUGAUGAAUUGUUUACGCUUGCCAGAGUAUUUUAGGAUCCUUCCACAAGGCAUGAUUUGUGUGGCCCAAUGAGAGUUAGAGGGAGAUCGAUGACUAAAACCUUUUACACUUGUCGCCGGUGGCAAGCGUUACGUCAUCAUCCAGUUCAGGAAUGUGUUGCGCAAGCGCGCGCUGCGGAACUUCGAACAACAAACGUGAAAAGAGGUUAGAGAGAUGGAGGAGAAAUGCUUCCGUUUUAAUUCUCAUACUGCGACAUAAUGUCUGGUUUGGUCAAGAACCAGAUUGCGAAGCAACUCGCCAGGUUCACGAAGAAUCUCUCCCCAAACAAAAUCAGCGUCAAGUUUCUCAAGGGGGAAGGAGAACUUCACAACCUAGAGCUAGACGAAACAACGCUAGCCGAACUUCUUGAGUUGCCGCCUUGGAUUCGUCUCACGAAAGCGACGUGCAACAGAAUAUCCGCCAAGAUUCAUUGGACUCGACUCAAGACAGACCCAAUAUGUCUGUACCUUGAUUGUGUUGAAGUGGAUAUGGAAGCAACAGAUGGAGAUGUUAGCACCCCUCCUCCUGGUUCACAUCGGACACACCCAUCCAAUUCAUCCCAUCAACCACCUAUUAAAGAAAAAGCUCCAAAUAGGUAUGGUUUUGUUGAGAAAGUGGUUGACGGAAUGUUUGUUCAGAUAAACUCUGUUGUCAUCUCAUUCAAGUUUCAAGCUUUUCUUGCCAAAUUCCAGAUGUCGCGUCUUGUCAUCCGGAGCACAACGCCCAAGUGGCAGCCUGAUGAUCUGCGCUUGACACGAGUAAAAGAUGAAACGAGAGGAGAAGUGUUGACAUUUAAAGAAAUAACAUGGCAAACACUAAGGAUAGAUGCUAAUGCUUUGUACAAUGAAACUUUGCAGCAGCAAUCAAAUCCCCUGAGACUUAUUACAAGUCAAUCAUCUCUACACCUUACUAUCAAGAAACGUCUUGACGACUGUGCAGUGUUGUCUGCAAGGCUGGAGCUUCUUUUGGAUGACAUUCUAUGGGUUCUUACUCAGUCACAGUUACAAGCUUUAUCUGGUCUCUUACACUCAGUGAACCAGGUUAUGUCACAAUCAAAAGUUAAAAAAGAACCUGGAACAAAUUCCACACAACAUACUAGCCAAGCUAGCCAGCAGCAAAAACAUUACACUGGUUCUACAAUUCACGAACGAAAGUCUGACUUUGAGUCUUUCAAUGCUCUGUUUACACGGCAUGAUGUACGGGAAACAUCUUAUCACUUAAAGACUGGUAGCAUUGACCUGCAUUUGUGCGAUGAUUCAGAAGACAGGGGUGGUGAUGGUGGGGCAAUGCAUUUUAAGAUGAAUACGUUAUCUGUUGACCACUUUCCCUACCAUUUGGCUGGAACAUCUCGCAGUGACUGGCCGUCUCACAAUGAGGCAUCAUUGACACGUGCUUAUUGGGUUAACGAACUUUUGAGUGCAUUUAGGAACUCUCAAAGGAACAAACAGUUGUCACCUCAGAGAGGAACACAAGGUCCUCGUCGCGCCAGAAGUGAUGGUUCUCUUGUUGAUGUGAGUGGCAAAGAUGGUUCUUUACAUCCCAUACCACCAAGUACUCCUUCCUCUCCUCAUAUAAAUUCAAGGAGAAUGCAUCCGUCAAGUCCAGGACAUUCCACAAAUACUGGACAAACAGCACAUUCGAUCAAAAAUAAUGCACAGCGUCCAGUGUUUAUGCUUGAGAGCUGCUUUGUGAUUCGUUGUGAGGAAUUCUUUAUCAUGCCUGUAACUACUAGCAAUGGUUCUAAAGAUGAACUGCCAUUUUUAUCAUCAGACAAAAAAGCAUUAUUUUUACCAUCAGACAUGCCAGCAUUUCAGCUAGACUUUACUCAGUAUUAUUACCCUGGGUCUGUUACAAGUGCAGUGCCUACUCCAAACCUGUUUAUCCAGUUAAACCCUAUCCAGUUGACACUAGACACUGCAACGUGUCUGUGGUUCAGCAGCUUCAUGAGAAGUAUUCUUGGACAAAGAACAUGGUCCAAGGGUUCGCCUGAACAAGCUACAUCUGGUUCACCUUCAGAUCAUAUUGACAUCAGAAUUGAAGCUCUCAUGCCCAAGCUAGUUAUUCCUUGCCCAAGUGACCCUUGUGCAGCGUACAAAGAUUCUCGGCCCCAGGGUCUCCAGGUUCAAAUGUCCCAGGUGUUUAUCACAAAUUCGAGGAUUGGAAACAAGUCUACCCAGACAGACAUGUUGAUGUUCCUUCAACCUUUCCUUGGCGCAAGAACUUACUCAGAUUUUCAGAAUUUCCCAUCCUUGCCUAGUGAUGUGCAACCUUUGCCUAACUCUUCGUGGGUAAAUGAUUGCAGUUUGCUGUCAAAUGAUGCAAAGAUUGAUAAACAUUUAAAUGGCGUUUGUCAGGAUACUUCUGGAACUCAUCAACCCUCACAGGUUUGGUGCCUAUCAGCGGAGCAAGUGUGGCUUGAUUUCCUUGGCAUUGACGAGAUUAAGAACCGACCAGUGCCAUUUAUAGACGCUGUCCCGGUUCAAAUCUGGAUUGCUACUCCUUUACCGGUUCAUGGCCACAAUACCACAGCAAUGAAUCCGACAGUUGAAGGAGUAGAGAGAACCAGCUGGCUAACCUCAAAUACUCAACGGAAAACAGCUUCGGAAAUUCCCUCUCCCAAGAGAAAGGGUUCGGAGCCCGUAAUAGCAAUGAAGAGCAGAACAAGCACAGGCACACUAUUGCCAAAAGCGACAUAUGGUUUACACAAUAGUGAUCCUAAUAUUAGCUCCAAGGCGCCCGACGAUACCACAAAAGAUGGACCUCCACCCGCUUAUGAGCCGAGAAAUGAACCUCACAAGCCAUUCCCUGUCGUUAGCGAACCUCCUCCACCUUACGAGACUCUGACGCAUUAUGAACCUAAUUUGGUUGAGGCGGCCUCAGAGGAAGUGUCUCCAUUAUCUGGGAAAACUUCUAUAUCAGGAGACACUCCGGACGGCUUUUCAGAAUCAGAGGGAAGUGCUUGUCAGGAGCAGCCUUCAGGAUCACAAGCUGACUUGAGCCUCCUAAUGCACAUUCCCCAAUCUGUUAAAAUACAAUUGGACCACUUUCAAUUCCUCUUCCUAAUGCGCUUGCAGGAGACGUUGGUAAAACUACAAGAAGACCUGGAAAAAGAUCGCUUAAGACUGAUUAAUAUAGACUCUGAAUUGAAUGAGUCUAAAAACGGUGAACCUUCUCUACUUUUUUCUAUUCUUACCCGGGGUGUGGACUUAAAUGUCGUGCUCCCUCCUGCUCCAGACAGAGAAGGUUCUCGCGAAGAGCGAACCCCGUCUGAAAACACAAGUCGUAACACAAGUAGUCUCAGUAGCUAUUUGGACACUGGUGUUAGGUUGGACAGUGGCUGUCAAUCUCCAGAAGUUAUCGAUUUUAAGACAUCUUUAAGAACAGAUUCUGAGGAAGUUCAGUGCAAGAAUUGGUCGGUGUCUGUUGACAGUCGCGAUGCUAAAUCUAGCGAAGAGGUCUUGCUGUCACCUCGUGCUAGCUCGGCGCAUACCUCAGGUCGAACCAGCUCUGCAUCAGCACCCGACUCUGAUGGCUGGCUGGUAGUUCCAGCCGGUGACAAAUCAGCUUCUGGAAGUGUUAAGAGCAGGGCAGAUAGCGAAGCGAGUAACUUCAGUUGUCAAUUGGGUAGCAGCAUUUCCAAAGAUUCUAGUGGCAAGGACGUUGAAGACGAGCACAAGGACCCAGCCAAAAUGGUGUCGAUUUUCUCCAUCGAAGGAGAGGACGUGGAGCUCGGAAUCCAUUUCGUAGGGAAUGACACUGUGGUAAAGAUUUUAUGCCCAGAGCUGAAGUGGGAAGAACUUGGUGUGAUCAAUUUUGAGAAAUAUCUCAAUCGAAAGUCCUUUAGAAAGACUCUUUCAAAGACCGCAAUCCCUUCUACGUCAGAGGGAACCCCCACGAUGCGGAUGCGUAUGGAGUUUGGUCCGUGUGCGGAGCGUUACGAGCGGACAGCGGCUGAACGAGGCUUCAUGCACAUCAAAGUGAAUGGUGUUCACGGUUCCCUCCUGGUCAGUACUCUUGGGAACAUGGCGGAGUGGAUCGAGGACGAAGUCGUGCUUCCACCGAUGCCUUUCUCAGUAGAAGUAAACAACUCGCGCGUGAGUAUCAACAACGAUCUUCCUGCCACGUUGGUGUCAGCACCUUUGCCGAUUCCAGUUGAUCUAACUGUUGAGAACAUUUCCAUCCGCCGAACCCACGACGGGGUGUUACACAUCAGGCCGAUGAGUAACGAAUCAAUCGCCCGCGAGAGUGAACAAGCAUCUGCGCCAAUCACACGAGAGGAAUCGAUAUCUGCUAGUCAGUUAAGCCUAUCAGAUUCAGCGUCAAUUUGCUCCCGUACAGAGAGCUUAGAAAAUGAGAAACAGUCUCUUAUGUCGCAGAUGGCUGUUUCCCGUGCUACCUUGCAGUCGCUGCAGGAAGAGCGCGAUGCCCUGUUGAAAACAAUCGAACGUCUGCAACAGGAGUUAUCGUUUUCAAAUCGUGAACAGGACUUGUUGCAAGAACGAAUGACGAGCUUUCAGAAAGGUGGGAGGAGAGGCCAUAGAUAGGAUUGUGAACACCUGAAAACGGUUGUUUUGAAUUGAUGGCGAUAGGUCCCUCUAAAUUGAAGGAAUUACAAGACACUUAGAGCUGUAAGAGGCCUUACCAGGCUCGCGACUACUAGGAUCUAGAAUUUGUUGCAUGAUCGAGAAAAAUAAGAAACAGUUCACUUAAAAAUAUAUAGCUGGACAAAGACUUUUUUGGUGUCAUUAUGGUCCAGGUAUCAUGGUCUUUCCUGGUUAAACAAUGGGAGGAAUUUCGAAGUAACACAACAUCGGCGUCCGGCCAAGUUGACAUUUUAGAACAAUAAAGCGUAAAUUUUGAAAUUAUGGAGCUAAGUUAAAUUCUAAAGCUCUGAAACUAUUUUUAAUAACCAGAAACGUAAGUGAUGAAGAAACAUUAAAUAUAUUUUAGGAUAAAUCGCUUUUUUGCUCGCAAUGACAAUUUGAAGCCGCAAAUAAAAUUAGAAUUGUAGGUCUUAAUAGAAACUCAGCUCUUUACUAAAGAAAUCACUUUUACUUUUUUUUUUUUUUAGUUCUAAAAUUUUGAGAACUCAUUCAAGGGUAUGAAAGAUAUGUGCCUUUGAGAUACAAUUUAUUGGUUUUAUUUUUUCAUUUGAUCAUUUCUUAACUAAUAUUUACCAUAUUUUGAGAUGACAAUAUUAGGAAAAUAUUGAAAUCACAGUGAGAAAAAUUUCCAGGCAUUUUUUCCUCAAAGAUUAAAGAGUUAUUUGACCCAUAA